AUGAUGGGCGUGGAUAUGCUCUUACUGGAUUCAAAGUGUCUGACUGAGUUAGAGAACAGAGCAUUCACAUUUCAACUGAAGCUCACUGAGCUCAAUUUCACUUCAAAGCAUAUGUCAUUCACCAUCUCCCGCAUAUUUGAAAAGCAUCAGCGUCCACCACUACCACGCUUUGCGGAACAAGGAAGUAACAAUCAACCUGGUGAAGUCAUGCCACGAGCUGGAGCAGUGUCAAGUAAGCCAUCUGGUGGGAUUACCGGUGAAGCCUCUAAGAACGCUGCUGCGAGUGAUUGUCUUGGGUUUUUUGAAGGAGGUGAUGCUGAUCCACCUAUCCAAUCUGAUGAAGCUGUUUUUGUUGACUUCACCACUACCAAUGAACCAAGCCCGGAUGAUGUGCGUGAAGGGGAAAAGCCACGCAUACCUUAGCUUCCUAAAUCUCAGUGUUUGGAACUUCACUUCACUGCAGUUCUACACCAAAAAUGUUUUAGACGCUCCAGCCAACCAUCUUAACACCACCAACAUGUCCUCCAUUGCGUGUCUGAUGAACCCAAGUCGUGUCCUUUUGUUCUGGAAGGCAGACAGAGUCUCGGCUCUUCCUUAAGAAUUAAUUAAUGUCUUCUCAGGAAAUGCUCCAGAUGAUGAUGUAUCGUUUCUCUGAAGUUAGAUGAGUUCCAACACAAAUUGUUCUGUUUAUCUACGACAUUGGUUUGAAAGACAAAAGUCGAGACAUGCAUAACGUGAGUUUAGUUUCUCUAUGAAUCUUAUGUUGCGAAGAUAGAGAAGUCUCACCAAAAACAUGGCAAAGGAACUCCAAGAUGGGUUCGCUUGGACAAAGAUGAUCAAGAUGAACAUAAUGAGCUUGCCCUUUUCUUGAUUGGACCAGUGGCUCUGAAAGGAAACAACUUUCCACAAAUGGUGUAAAAUUAAAUCAGCUUCAAGGACAUAGAAGGAAAACAAAUGCUACUGAUGAGAUCGGUGUACAUUGUGGUUUCUGAUAAUGGGGGUACUCCAGAAAGUAUCUGGCGAGCCAUUCGUUUGACCCCCACGAAAAGUUCCUAGCUUCUCUGACUUCCUGAACUAUAUUGAGUCUGACUCCAAAAAAUCCCUCACAGAAUGGAUGUUUUAAGUGGGACAAGACUCAACAGCUGUAUGGAGUGCAGGAGGGUUGUUAUAAAAAGCAGCUUCACGGUUGGUAUGGAGCUAUACAGCGGCAACUAAAAUUGUCUCAGUGUCAAAUAAGUACCAAAGCUGUUCAAUCCGCAAUUUGGAUUCUCUUUUACUAUUUCUUAUAGUGGUAUUUGGCAGAGGACAGUAUUUGCAUCUAACGGGAAGGGACGGCUGAUGUUAAUGCAGUAAGUCAGUAUCAAUAUAUAUGUAAAAAUGAUUUUUUUUCCCCACUGAUAUCUGUUCCUGAGAAAACAUAUAUACAAUCUAGAAAACAUAUAUACAAUCUUUUUCCUUCCGC